AUGCGAACUCUAGCAGUGAUUUCCCUGUUUGCCACUGUGGCUUUCGCCCAGUCGUCGCCCCUCAUUCCUACGGGAAUCAGCACAAAUUGCACAGACUUCCUCACAUCGUUCAAUGAGGACUCAUCGCUUACAAGCUGCACUUCCCCUCUCAUCAAAGCGACCGCAGCUUUCGGUCCUAACGGUACCGCGGACUCCACCUCAUCGGACGUGACCACUGCGCUCAGCAGUGUCUGCUCUGGUGCCUCCGCGUGCUCAGCUACCACUAUCCAGUCCAAGCUCGCCAGCUUCUAUGCUGCGUGCACAGACGAGCUCACGACAAGCGCGAACGCGGAGGUGCUACGACUUUAUGAUGUCCUGUACUCCGUCUACCCUUACACGCAGGCCCUCUGCACGAAGGAUAACAGUGGCAACUACUGCGCUGCAGAGAUUGUCACCGCCUCAAGCAGCGCUGCGUCCGCAUCCGCCUCGGGAGCCCCCGAGAGCCUUGCGUCGAUCGCCAAAACGCUGUGGAGCCCAAUCACAGGCUCCGAUUCCCAGAGCACCAUCGCCAUCGUUCCCAACGCAACGACAUUCGCGAACAACAACAUACUCUUCCUCCUCCUCGGGCCCUCGCUCACCUCCAGCCAGAUCUGCACGGCAUGCACGCGCAAUAUCCUUACGUCGUACAUCAACUUCGAGUCGAACUCUCCAUACGGCCCGGGUCUGACCAACAGCCCGCUCCUGCACGGCCAAUCCGCACUGUACACUGAGGUGCAGUCGCUCUGCGGCGCGAGCUUCCUGAACGGUGCGGUCGCGGCUGCGGGUGGUCUUUCAGGUGGUAUUCUCAGCGGCGCCGCGCCCAGGAUGGCGAGCAGCAGCUCCGGUGCCCUUGGUGCGAUGAUGGGCGCGACCCUCAUCGCGUUACUGGCGUCACUCUGA